UGCCUCCAGUCAAGGUGGCAGAUCAGAGUCCCUGCUUGAUUUAUGUUGAUUUAUGACAAGGUCAAACCCAAAGAUCCUAUCCUAGAGGAGCUAGUAUCUUUGGUCAAAACUAACCGAUGUCUAGGUUAGCUGCUAACAGAAACAUAGAUCAGAACUCAUAUGGUACAACAUGUAUUUAUAACUUCCAUCUGUAAACAAUGGUAACUUGGUAUCACCCCAGUUACUUCGACAGGUGAAUUAUUGCUUUGUAUUUAACGAACGGAAACUGGCUGCGGAAAUGAAGCCACAAUAAGUAAAAUCCGCCUCUGCAAACGAUGCAACGCAUAGCAUGGAGGACACGGUGAAGGAAGGUUUGCUUUACAUGCAGCAGAAUAAGUUUCGGAAGAAAUGGAAAAGAGUUUGGCUCUUCCUGUAUCCUCAGAGCAACCAGUCGCUUGCUCGCCUUGAGUACUUUGAGUUCAAAGAGGGCUCAUUUUUAUCAGAUAAGCACGUCAACAGAAGGAUGGACAGAAAGAUGAUCCGAAUGACGGACUGUGUAAGGAUAGUUGAGAUCGCUGAGUACUCUUCCAAAGAUUCAAGCGCCUUUUCGGUGGAGACGACCACAAAGGUUUAUACAUUUUCAACUGGAAAAUCGGACUGCAUGGAAUGGGUACAGAAACUCUCAGAGGUUGCAUUUCAGGCAAAUGCAGAUUCUGUUCCUACAUUAGUUCCAAGCCCCAGAAUGAGGCGCUGGGGAAAAUUUGUAACUUCACAUUCCAUUUCUGGUCAGCAAGUUAAUGAAUUGCACAUUCAUGCGCACAUGAGAAGAAUUUCAAAGCUUGCUUCCAUUUUCAUGGGGAACUUCUGGCAGAAUGGCUGGGAUUCUUCUCCUUCUCAAGAGGAUUCAGACGAUAUAGCCGUGCGAAUGAAAGAAAAUGAACUCUACAGUUCACACGAAGGAGUGAACGAGUAUAAAGUUUCAAUAAGAAAUACAGAUGCUUCUGAGAGAUGUGACCUGAAAGGAAUGUAUCUUCUCAAGGCAGAAAAAGAUGCACUGAUUUUAAAAAGUAUCAGUCCUGAACAACUGGUAUGCGAGUGGCCUUAUAAGUAUCUAAGGAGAUUUGGUGGUGACAAGAGAAUGUUUUCAAUUGAAUCUGGAAGGAGGUGCAAAUCUGGUCCAGGCAAGUUUGAAUUUGAAACCAACCAAGGAAAACAGAUUUUCACAUCCGUAAAUGCUGCUGUAAGUGCUCAAAAGUCCAACAAUGAAGAGGAGCGAUGCAAUUCUGACACCUUAGAAAGCUACAAUUUAAUUGCCGCGGAUUCUGCUACUCACAGGCUAUAUUCAGAUUGUAUAAAGGAGCAAACGGCCAUAAACAAAUCUCGAAUAUCCAAAAGAUUAUCUUCUGUGAUAUCAAAUGUUUCCGAAGGAAUGCAGAAUUUGCAUUGUGAUGCUUUCCCCGAUAAUCAGACACGUAGUCCACUAAGUAAGUCACCAGUCAGGUUUCAGUACAGUUUCCCAUCACCACCUCUACUUGGAUUGCAUAGUGAUGUAACUGCUAAGUUAUCAACAGAUACGCUAGAAAAUAGGAACACACUAUAUUCAGAAUCAAAUCCAGGAGAGAUUCACUCGACACUUCCUUUGGAACCACCAAGCAGUAAUAAAUCCAUAUCAAGACAAGUAGGAAAGCAGCAAAGUAGCUUUACAUCUCGCAAAGGGAAUAGCCAACUAAACCAAAUUAAUGGGCCUUUAGUUACGUUUCCCAGCCAAGCCCAUUCAUCCAACAAUGAGAAUAAUUUUGUUGAAAAGAAAAUUCCUUCCAUUGUAACGACCGUGCAUCCUGAAGCUCUUUAUGAUACGGUGUAUAGUGGAUCUGAUGUACCAAAUUCCAAAAAUCCACUUUGCCAGAUAUCAUGUAGCAAGAAGAAUGAGCACAUAUAUGAAGUUAGCGAUGAUUGUUUACUUUACGAUGAAGCUAAAGAAUUGAGCGCAGCAUGGAAAACACAAGGCAGGUCGAAUGACUUUGGUUAUGAAUAUCCAUACAAUCCUUCUGCAGAUGACUAUGCUGUGCCAAAACAGGCAAUUAAAGAUGCUCCUCUCAGACCACCUAAAAAUGUACCAUCUUCAAAGAGAAAAUCGCAAAGCAAUUAUUAUGUCAAUGUGGAUUCAAUCAUUUCUAAUAGGUAGAUAAGCAUUUAAACAUAAUCUGUUAUAUAUAUUAUUUGUAUAAAUACUGUACAAAUGUCAAGCAGUGGGUUCUAUGUUAAGCAGAUUGUAGGCUUGGAUUUGUCGAGAUGGAACUGUAGGCUUGGAUUUCUAAGCAAUAUUGUACCAUAAAAAUGACAAUAUCUUUGGGAUAUUUUUAGUAUGCACUGUUUUGUCAGAUUUAGCCUCCCACAAAAAAACUAUCGUCUUUGCAACCAUCACCAAAUUAGUCAAGAAAUAUCAUUUGAAUUGAUAUGAACAAACAAAGUAAAACUGUUAUUCUGGUAUAAUACCUUGAAAAUUACUGACUUUGCUGCUUGAGGUCUAAGUUUUUAAUGGUGUGGUACACCAAAAUUCCUGUACUUUAUAUACCUCAAACAUAAAUUUGAGAUAUGUGAUUUGUAAAUCCUUGAUAAAAAUAAGUUUAAAAUUAUUAUUCAACUGUUCAACUUUUUUUCAGUUAUGUAUGCAUUCCAAUAUUUAAUUAAUAUCUGGUAAAAUGUUUAGGAAAUCAAUUUUGAAGAUUGCUUCCAGGGUUACACUGUGAAUAAUUAAUUGAUUCCUCGGCCAGCUUGCCUGAUGGGUGCAAAGGAUCAUCAUGAAUUGAUGCCCAACAAUAAUUAAAGACCAGUCCAUGCAUGAUCUUUGUGGGUAGCUUCUUUGGGGUCAAUGGUUAUGUCAUUGUUUAUUGCUUAUGGAUCUGUGUAAACUGUAUGUGCACUUCUCAAUCUCUCUCAUCUGUGGCUGUCAUCAUUGUACUUCAUCUUGCUGCUUUGUCUUUCAGAUCAUCCAAUUGGAAAUUUCUAUAUAUAAUAUAUAUAUAUAUGUGACUAUUUUUUUGUAAGGCAUACUUUUGUAUUUGCAAUGCUGAAAUCACAGGAAAAAUAUAGAUUUUUCGAAACAGUU